UCAACAUUGUCGCAGAUGCUAUAUAUUUAUGGUACAUGUGUGAAUCUAUUUUUUUCGAUUUUUCGCAUCAUUUACUCAUACGCGCGAUGAUGAUCAACUACGUAGGUAUAGCUCCUUAUUGGAUAUUCAAACAAAUAAAAUUGUUUGUUUAUUUAAAAUAUUUCACUCAAUAUGGUAAUAAGUUAAAGACGUGUUCCGGAAGAGUCGAAUGACAAAAGAUGACAAGUUUAUUCGUCAGCACACUGAACUGUUGGUUCGAAUUAUGUUGUUUGUCGAUGUAAAAUAACGUAAAAUGAAUUUCUGUCAUUUUACAAUUUUAAUCAUAAUUAGCAAUUUGACAAUUGGCCGAUGUAGAACUGUGACGUACAAUAAUGUAGGUUAUGACAACCAUAAAAUUCAAAAUAAUCAAACACGGAAAUUAAACGAAUACCAAUCUAACCUACAAAAUCAAGAUAACGUCGGGAAAUCACUUCGAAACUCGAUCAAGAUGCUGCAGUUGAACAACUUAGAUAAUAAAACCCACAUUCGAGAUCCCAGUCAAUUGCUAAAGUAUUUGAAUCGUUAUCAAAUUCGUAAGAAAAACUCGCCAUACACGUUGGCUAUUUUUAAAGAUGAAAAAUCAAAGAAUAAAUUCCCCAGUCAUACGUUAGCCUUGAUUAAACCAUAUGCCGAAGCAUCGAAGGAAAAAUAUCCCAGUCAUACUUUAGCGAUAUUUGGAUCAAAUCCUGAUUCCAAUCAUGUCCAGCUAACCAAACCGUUUAAACUUAAUUUAACCGGAGAUCAGUUUAUUUUACCGGAAAUUGAAGAAGAUACCAGAGAAGGUGAAGUAUUUUUGAACAAUGCUGUUGUUCAAGACUUGCUGGCAAACAGUGAAACCAAUGAUAAUACCUAUCAAGUAGACGAAUCGUUAAAACAAGAAUAUUAUACCAUAAACGAAAAUGAAAUUUAUUCAUUUCCAUCCAACGAUUCGUCUUAUUUUCCCGAGUCCUAUCAAUUUGACGAUCAACACGAUGAUAAUUUUACCGGGUACCCAGAAUCGCACCAAUUAACCUCCUCGACUACUACCGAACAAUCGGAUCAUUUUAAUGGAUACUUUUAUCACGCUCCUACGUAUUUACCUCCUGUGGAAAAUGGAGUCAUUUUGCAAGAAUUCAGUAAUAAUAAUUUUAUCAGUAAUGAUACCGAAGUGGUUAAAGUAAAACAACAAGAUUUGUUCGCCCAUUAUUAUAUUGGAUAUAAAUUCUGGUACGCUUUCGUCGUGUUUGCCAUUUACCAUACGAUAAUGAUGGGAUAUUUUUAUCUGGUAACUUUGGUAAAACAUUAUUCUAAAUUUCCUGCAGCUUUGCAUGCUGCAAUAGCAAAUUCGUAAUUCGUUUGUCGCUUCAAAAUUAUUAAAAAUCAUUUCAUAGGAAGAGGUGAAUGAGGGGGCGGGGUUCUUUUGAGUAGGUAGUUAUUUUAUUGGAAGAAAGCUGAAUUUGAUGGAUACGAGGAACUUGAAAUUUUUUUUACUUAACAUUUGUUCAAAACACCUACGUAAUAGGUAAAUAAUUAGCCUAUUUAAAAGUCCUAAAAAAAAUUAAAUGACUGCAGGAUUCCUCGAGGAGAAGAAAUUUUUACGGAGCUUAUUCAAGAUAACGUUAUCAGCUUCGAUACAAACUCAAAAAUGAAAUUAUUCCUGCUUCUUUUGAAAAGUACGUUUCGCCAAAUUUGGAAAAUAUUUCAGAAUAAUGAUAAAAUUUCGAUUGAAUUUACUGGUCGUCGACUUUUCACAUUGAUGACAUGGAAUAUACCGUUGUAUUUUAAUAUUUAUUUCAUUAUCUAUAUGAGUUACUUAGUCAUUAAAUCUGUCGCUCGACAUAAAAUUAAAUUGCCUUAUAUUAGCAAAGAUGUUUGAAAAUUUGUCUAAUAUUUGUUCACUCAACAUGUAAAUGGAUAAACAAGACAUUGAUGUAAGUGCUCUAAAAUUUCACUCUUGGAGAAAUUAAGUGGAGGGUAAAGAAGAGGGGGAAGGAAAGAGAAAUGGGUAACCCAAGAAAGCAUCAAAGUAACAUUAAGCAUGUUCCUUAUCGUCAUUUUUAAUCUCUUCUCCAACAUCAAAAUGUUGCAAAAAUGUAUAAUUUAAAAAAAAGGUUCAAGCUAAAAAGAUUUUAAUCUUGAGCAUGCAUCAAAAUGGGAUUGAACACAAAACGUCAGCAUCUACCUACCUUUAAAAGUACCUACACUUUGACUUACCUUGGAAUAAGCAAUUUUAAUUAGAACGUAAACAAUGGAAAAAUAUCUUAUGCGAGAAUUCAUCGAUAAAACACACACUUUUAGGUUACCUAAGUGAAUAGUCUCAUUUUUUUAAAUUUCAUUUUUCAUUAGGUACCUAUAUUAAAAAAAAAAUCCCACAUUUCCAAUGUUUCAGUUUUUUUUUCAUUUAUUUAAUUUUUAAUUUUAAAAAAAUCACCCAGUGUCAAUUUCCAAGGGCCAAAAGAUCUUUUUUGUUCUUUUAAAAACACUUUUUAAAUAAUACAUUUUUUCUUUUUUUCCACUUUUCAAGAUGGUAAUUUACAAAAUCCUUGAUUGAUCUAUCUUAAUUUUGGAAAGUUUCAAUGUACCAACUUGAAUUUCUUUAAAUUCUUUCACCAUACUUACCCAACUUUUUGAAUGACAUCAAUUUUUUCUCAAUGUGUUUUCUUAUUUUUAUCAAAAGAACCUCAUUUUCUUUCUUAUUUUCAAAACUUUUCAAUUUUUCUAUAGAAUUAAGAAUGACACUCUCAGACUGAACUUUUUUUUUCAAUUUUUAUUCCAUAUAAAAACUAAUGUUUUCCACUUCUUCAAAAAUAAUUUUUCAAACCCAGUAACCCAAUUUUCAAGAAGUACCUACUGCUCUUAAAUACUGAAAAGCAAGCUUCGUUUCAAACUUUUUUCACGCUUUAUUAAAUUUUCAAUGUUUAAUGAUAGGGAGACUUCUUGUUGAGAAUCUCCAACAUUUUCAUUUUCCAAUACAAUUAUUCCGUUCUUGCAAAAUUUUUCUCAAUUUUUUUCAACUAUUGCUGAUGAAUUCUUUGGUAUUUUAGUCGAACUAGGUACAUAGAACAAUAUCAUGACUGAUGCCAUACAAUGACCCCCUUUUCCUCGUCCACCACCUCGUCAAAAUAUAUUUAUAUUUUUGUUUUUAAAGUAGGAAGAAAUGUAAGGAAAUCGAACGGAUAUACAUAUAAUCUAAAUAGGUAUUUUUAUCUGAAAAGAACAUGAACCUAAUGUGAUUCUUGACCUUAACCCAUUUUGUUCGCAGAGCUAGAUAACAAAAAAUAAAUUUCUUUUCAUUCACAUCAAGUAAACUUGUAAAAUAUUAUUUUAGCGAAACUUCAAUUUAAAAAAAAAGGGGAAAAAAGAUUUUUUCAUUCCAACCGAUCAAGUCUGUGUAAAUCACCCCCCCCCCAUCCAUUUCACAACUAUAGGUAUUCCUUCUUACAUUUAAUCAAACUAUGUAUGUACUAUUUGUGUAUUUUAGAUAGAAAUGCUAUGUACCUCCUAAUUUUAAUUUCAUUUUCUAAUAAAAUUCAUGUAUCUACCGAUCGUGACUUAUUUACUUCCUGUAUUGACGAAAAAUGCAUAUUUCUUUAUUUUUAUUAUACCUAUUCUGUUUUUGUUGGUGAACAAAAUUAUUAUUUUCUAUUGAUAAUCAUACCUACAAAUUAC